AUGCUGUGGGCACUCGCACUCGCUGCACUGGUCUCACUCGUCCUGCUCUACCGACGAACAUGGACCAGCAGCGAACGGAGACGCCGGCGCGAGGUGUACGCGGACGACGAUGACGCUCUCCUCCUCAACCUCGCAGAGCCCAGCACGCGAUGGUUCAACAUGGGCUACUGGGACACUCACACCCGCUCCUUCCCCGACGCGUGCGCACACCUGUGCCGCAGAGUCGCUCACGCUGCCCGCCUCAACGAACCGCACCACCAGCGCAUCUGUGAGGUCGGCUACGGUUCGGGCGACUCGACGCUCUUGCUCGCGCGAGAGUUCUCGCCAAAGUCGUAUGUCGGCUUGACUUCGCUACAGUCGCAAUGCGAGACAGCCAAACGACGAGCGGCUGAAGCAGGCCUCCCCGCCGACCGAUUCCGCCUCUUGCAAGGCGACGCAGCAAGCGACCUGACCCAGUUCCCCUCCUCCUCCGUCGACGCCGUCCUCGCGAUCGAUUGCGCCUACCACUUCAACACCCGCUCCUCGUUCCUCUCCUCCGCCCACACCCUCCUCUCACCCGGCGGCUCCCUAUCCCUCACCGACCUCCUCCUCCCCUCCACCCCUCUCUCCCUUUCCUCCCUCCUCCUCCUCCGCCUACUUUUCUACCUCGCCAACGCGCCCUGGUCAAACUUCCUCACUCCCGCGUCCUACCAAGCGCAGCUUGAAGCGCACGGGUUUGAGCAGGUAGAGAUGGAGGAUAUCAGCGAGCGAGUAUGGCCGGGGUUUUGCGCGUUCGUUCGUGAGAGGGAGGAGCGGAUGGGCGGGGUGUUAGGAACGAAGUGGAGGGCGUUGGGGAGGUAUGCGAGGGUCGUGGAGUGGUAUAGCGGCGUUGGGGGCGGGCGGCCGAAGCUGAGGUUUUACUUGGUGAGCGCGAGGAAGGCGAGAACGAAGGACGAGUGA